UGUUGCUCGGACGCGGUUGCAGCAGCAUGUCGUGGCUCUUUGGCUGGGGGAAGGGCUCCGGGUCGCCGCCGGUGGAGGAGCAGCCACCUGCGGCUCCUGCUGAGGCUGCCGGGGGAGCACCAGGAGGCCCAGGGGGAGACAAACCCGGGGAGAAGUGGAGUAACUUUGACCCGACCGGACUGGAGAGAGCUGCAAAAGCUGCACGGGAGCUCGACAAAGCACGACAUGCCAAAGAGGCGCUGGAGCUGGCUCGUAUGCAGGAGCAGACUGUACAGCUGGAGCAUCAGAGUAAAGUGAAAGAAUAUGAGGCGGCCCUGGAGCAGCUGAAGGGCGAGCAGAUCCACCUCCAGGGCGAGGAGAGACGGAAAACACUUGCAGAGGAGACAAAGCAAAACCAGGCAAGGGCGCAAUAUCAAGACAAACUUGCCAGACAGAGAUAUGAUGACCAGCUCAGGCAACAGCAAUUCCUCAACGAGGAGAACCUCCGCAAACAAGAGGACUCCGUUAUGAAGCAAGAGGCCAUGAGAAAAGCUACCGUUGAACAUGAGAUGGAGCUGAGACACAAGAAUGACCUGCUUCGCAUCGAAGCGGAGGCCAAGGCUCGGGCCCAGGUGGAGCGGGAGAACGCAGACCUGAUCAGAGAGCAGAUCCGCCUGAAAGCUGCUGAGCACAGACAAACUGUCCUUGAAUCUAUAAAGACUGCGGGAGCGGUGUUUGGGGAGGGAUUCAGGGCCUUCGUCUCUGACUGGGACAAACUCACAGCCACGGUUGCCGGGUUGACCCUGUUGGCCGCGGGAGUUUAUUCUUCCAGGAACGCCACAGCGGUGGCUGGGCGCUACAUAGAGUCUCGUCUGGGCAAACCCUCGCUGGUCCGAGAGACCUCCAGGUUGACUGUUGCAGAGGCCAUCAAACACCCAAUCAAGACAGCCAAGCGUCUGAGAAGCAGACCGCAGGAUGCCUUAGAGGGCGUGGUGCUCAGCGCAGCUUUGGAGGAACGUGUGAGGGACAUUGCCAUUGCCACUCGUAACACCAGGCAGAACAGAGGCUUGUACAGAAACAUCCUGAUGUAUGGACCCCCUGGAACCGGAAAAACACUCUUUGCCAAGAAACUGGCUCUCCAUUCAGGGAUGGAUUAUGCCAUCAUGACAGGUGGGGACGUGGCACCCAUGGGGCGCGAUGGAGUCACUGCCAUGCACAAGGUGUUUGACUGGGCCAGCACCAGUGGCCGAGGCCUCUUGCUGUUCGUAGAUGAAGCUGAUGCAUUCCUGCGUAAGCGAUCCACAGAGAAAAUCAGCGAGGACCUCAGAGCCACCCUCAACGCAUUCCUCUACCGCACAGGGGAGCAGAGCAACAAGUUCAUGCUGGUUCUUGCUAGUAACCAGCCGGAACAGUUCGACUGGGCCAUUAAUGACCGCAUUGACGAGAUUGUGAACUUUGCAUUACCAGGUCUGGAGGAGAGGGAAAGAUUAGUGCGCCUGUAUUUCGACAAAUUUGUGCUGGGUCCUGCCACUGCUGGGAGACAGAGAUUAAAGUUGGCUCAGUUCGACUAUGGCCAGAAAUGCUCAGACAUUGCAAAGCGAGCAGAAGGCAUGUCUGGUCGUGAAAUCUCCAAACUUGGUGUUGCAUGGCAGGCUGCCGCGUACUCUUCUGAAGAUGGAGUUUUGACCGAAGCAAUGAUUGACUCAAGAGUUGAUGAUGCCAUCAAGCAGCAUGCACAGAAGAUGGACUGGCUGCUGACGGAAGCAGGUGCGGGGGUUGGCAAGGUCGGCGUUCUCCUCCCUAAGGAAAUGGCUGCAGGCCAGGAAGCUGCUUCACUUGGACAAACUGAAGAUGCGACCCUGACCGUACCACAGGUCCUUCCGCUCCUCGAGGUUGUGACCAAUGCUGCCCAGGCAGAAGCAGCCACUGUACCUUCAGAAGUGGAGGCAGAUGCAAUCCUCAAAGAGGCAGUCGCUUUGAUUAAAGAAAGUGAUGCUGUUGCUGAGACAACUGUAGGAACAGCUGAUACCACUGUUGAGACAGCCACUGCUGUCCCAUUGGUGCAGGAGGUUGAGGCCAUCAAGGACCUCACUGAGGAGGUUCUUAGCACAACUAUAGCUACAGACACUGUUGUUCCUGAGGUGAAGGAUAUAGCCACUGAGGUUGAAAAGACAGAGGGUACACCAGCUUGCACUGCCCAAGAAACUGUUUCUGUGACCAAAGAAGAGCCAACUACUGAUGCAGCUGCACAAGAGACUGAGGCCACAGAAGUAAUCAAGGAGGAAAAGGAUGUUGUCACACCCUUGGAAACGACAGUCCCUGCUGUUGCUCAGGAGAAGGAAUUAGAUGAUGUCGUCUCUAAUGCUGUCCAGAAGCCAGAGGCUACAGUAGUCGGACUAUCCCAGGAGACUGCUGUCCAGGAAACUGAGUCAGCAGCCACAUCUGUUAAUGGUGUAGAAACUGAAGCCACUAAGGUUGUUGAGGAAGUAGCAACUGAUGCUGCAAAGGCUGCAGAAGAAAUUGCGAGCAAUGUGGCUCAAGUGACUGAGACCAUCGCAAACAUUGUUAAAGAGGCUGAAACAAUAGCAACGGAUGUGGCCAAGGUGGCUGAAACUCUAGCAACCAUCACUGAGGAGAUGGAGGCAGUAGUUACCAAGGAGGUUGAAGUGAUGGAAAGUGAUGCUGUCAAGGAUGAAAAUGUGGUUGUAGUGGAAACUGAGUCUCAAACAUCUGAGCUUACUGAAGAGGCUGAAGUUGCUGUUACAGAUGUGGUCAAAGAGUGUGAGAGUAUUGCUACAGAGGUUGUUAAGGAGGUUGAACCCGCUAUGACUGAGACUGUUUCUAAGGAAGAGUUUGCCAUUGACACUGACACCACAGCUUCAGAGGAGCCCAGGGGUCCUCAGAUUACUGUCACUAAGUCUACCUCAGAAGGCCAAACCCUGGCAGAGAUCGCAAAGGACCCGUUAACAACAGAAAUUUCUGCCGAGGCAGCUGAAAUCACCUCAUCAGAGGUGUCCAAGGAAGCAGAGGUGCUAACAACCGAGGAGGCUAUCAAUGUGGCUCCAGAUGAUGUUAAACUGUCGGAGACUACUGUGGUUGAUGCCAAGGAAGCAGAGGCCAAAACAACGAAGACUACAGAGGAGGAAGGGACUGUAAUAACUGAAGUCGAGGACAAGACGACCUUAGUCAGUGUCCCCAACAUAGAAACCAAGGUUGAUGCAAAGACGGUUGUGUCAGAACAGUCUGAGAAACUUGAGAGUCAAACCACAGAGAAGUCAGCCGCCUCUCAAACUCCCAGCACUGAAGAAGCUGAACCAGGCCAAACUGAGAAGCCUCUCUCAAACAAACAGACUGGAGAUGACGACAAACCACCAGCCAAGUCUGGACCAACGAAAUGAUCGCUUGGAUUCUUUGAUGAACUGCUGUUGUGAAUGAAGAGCUGUUGUAAUUCUUAAACACUCGAGCACUUAAGUCUGAAACAUUCUGUCUGCUCUUCAACCACUAUAUUUGGAUCUCACUGAAAAUGGGCUCAGACGACAAGAGUUGCAUGCAAAUGUAUACCUGAUUCACCCCUCCUGACAAUUAAAGGUGAAAUCUGGUCUGAGACCUCAGUACCGAUGGUCAGCCCAGAUUAUCUGGUAAUCUGAGAGGAUUUAGGUCCAGUCUUAAACAUUUUGAACUGACUGCAGACUCAUCAGGGCCGCCCAGAUAAUUUCAAACAUUAGGAUUAUUUAGUUAAAAUCUGGAUUGUUAUGUCAGCACUUUCUGUGCAGGACCACAAUAGCCAAUGAGAAAGACCAGGAGCAGCAGCGGUGCUGCUAUGACAUAGUAACCAAUGUAGCCCUCAAGGCUAACAUUAGCUAGCUUACUACUGUUGACAGAUAUUAAAACUGACAGUUAAAAUCUCACCUCCACUUCUUGCUGAAGAAUAGACAACCAGUGCUGACAACCUCUCCCCGACCAUUUUCUCAUCCAGACUCCUUUAGCCCUGCAAAGUGCUACUACAACAAGUUGUUGCACCACAUCAGUCCCCAUUUUGUUUACAUCUGCUUCCCCAUGUGAUCUUUUAGCGUGUGCAUGUUUGAGAUCAGUUAGGAUUUAAAACUCCUGCAGUCUGAGCCCGGCUUUACUGUGAAUGCCAAGAUGGUAGUUUGAUUAUAGCCUGUAGGUUUGUAUGAGUCUGAAUAAAAGGAUGUGGGAAUCAUCAUCAUCA